CAGCCAUGGAAGCAGAAGAAAGGAAUGAUGGUGAGCAUGGCCCCCAAUUUUUCCGAAUGGCAUCAUGUGGUCAAGACUGCCAGAUCAAACUUUGGGUUACUACACUUGGAGAUGUCUUAGGUUUUGAAUUGAAGUAUAAAUGUACACUGAGUGGACACUCUGCUCCGGUUCUGUCUUGUGCUUUUUCUUAUGAUGGUCAGAUGUUAGUUUCAGGAUCUGUGGACAAAUCUGUGAUUGUAUAUGAACCUAAUACUGGGAGCAUACUUCACACUUUGACUCAACAUACCAGGUAUGUUACAACCUGUGCCUUUGCACCCAAUAUUCUUUUACUUGCUACUGGGUCAAUGGACAAAACAGUGAGCAUCUGGCAAUUUGAGCUGAAAGCACAUUGUCAAGCAGGUAGGCCAGAAGAUGAACCAAAGCAAUUUAUUGAAGAUUGGUCAGAGGAAGAAGUUUCAUUAUGGCUUUGUGCACAAGGUUUAAAAGACCUUGUUAGUAUUUUCAAGAUGAAUAACAUUGAUGGUAAAGAACUGUUGAAUCUUACGAAAGAAAGUCUGACUGAUGAUUUAAAAAUUGAAUCUCUUGGACUGCGAAGUAAAGUAUUGAGGAAAAUUGAAGAGCUGAAAGUAAAAGUGAAAUCCCUUUCUUCUGGAAUUCCAGAUGAAUUCCUAUGUCCAAUAACUAGGGAACUAAUGAAAGAGCCUGUCAUCGCAUCUGAUGGAUAUUCCUAUGAAAAGGAAGCAAUAGAAAAUUGGAUCAGCAAAAAGAAGCGUACAAGUCCUAUGACUAAUCUGGUUCUUCCUUCACUGAUACUGACACCAAAUAGGACUCUGAAAAUGGCCAUCGAUCGCUGGCUAGAAACUCAUCAGAAAUGAAACUGUGUGAACUAACUUAGGUACUUACUAAUUCCAAUGAGGUAAAACUUUAGCAGCUUUAAAGGAAAACAUAUAUGAAUUUUAAAAGUUAUAUCCAACAGAGAGAAGGUAAGCUAAGUUUUGUUUAGCUAAAGUUCCUAUAUUUUGUCUUCUAAAACAUAUUAUGAAUUAAAUUGUGUAUCUAACAUUUAUGUUGGCAUUUUUAUACAAGUACAAAGCAAUCCAAUGAACAUAUACAAAAGUAAGGUUUCUUUUGAAAUUAGAUAACAAAUGUAACGAAUUGUUAUUUGAGGUUUUUAUGCCUCAGUGCACACUGGCCUGGGGCUCCACAAACCGCACGGUACUCCACCCACUGGUUGUAGCUGUUGCCAU